UCCCCUUUGGAAGUGCUUGAAAAAUCAGUCAGUGUUUGUUACGGACGGAUUUGUUGUUGGUCGUUUUCUCCCUCUCCAACGCACUGCAGUGAAGGGACCGUUUUGCGGCUGAGUGAACGAGCUAGCAGAGAAUUGCCCCCCAAAGCCAAAUCAGCCGACCAGAAGAGCCUUUCAUUUCUCGGUACUCGGACGGGAUUGGUCGUCGUCUUCGCCGUCGACAGGAUUUUCGAAUGAGAAUUUGGGACACAUCAUAACAAAACUAGAUUCCCCCAAGGUCCUCGGCCCAGUGACACCCAUCAGAGUGAGGACAGUGCUCGUGAAAGGUGUCCCUGUUUCUUCGGCAGCCAAAGCCGGUCUAUGCGAUACGUGGAAGUGCGAUUAUUUUGUUAGUGUUGUUUUCGUGAUACCUGCGAGAAGGAUCGUUUUUUGACCGAGCGCAGAGGAUUCUCCCCCAGAAAAGCACAACGAUGGCCAUCAAACCAGGAAUGGGACGGAAGUCUUCCAACAAGAACCCACCCUUUCUGAGCCACGAAUUCGUGAUCCAGAACCAUGCCGAUAUCGUGUCCUGCGUGGCGAUGGUUUUCGUCGUCGGGUUGAUGCUGCAGGCAACCAACGCACUGGCCAGCAUUUUCAUUGCCCUGCACCACAACGUGACCGGAGCCGAUCCGAGCCAUGAGAACCCCCAGGGUGAAGCCUACUCGUACACCUCGGGCUGGAAGGACGGCUGUGCCGUUUUCUUCUACACCCUGAUCUGCAUCAUCAUGCACGCCAUCCUGCAGGAGUACGCCUUGGACAAGAUCUCCAAGAAGCUGCACCUGUCCAAGUUCAAGCUGUCCCGCUUCAACGAGUCCGGCCAGCUGGUGGUGUUCUACGCCAUGUCGUUCCUGUGGGGCUUCGACGUGAUCGUUCGCGAACAGUACUUCGGCAACAUGGCCAAACUGUGGGAGGGAUUCCCCGAGCAUCCGAUGGUGUUCCUGCACAAGCUGUUCUUCAUCAUCCAGUUGGCGUACUACCUGCACAUGCUGCCCGAGCUGUACUUCCAGAAGGUCAAGAAGGACGAACAGAAGGCCAAGAUCCAGCACGCUCUCGGCGGUUUCUUCCUGAUCGCUACUGCCUACUUCAUGGGAUUCCAGCGUAUCGCCCUGGUUCUGCUGACCCUGCACUACUUCUGCGAGUUUAUCGCCCAUGCAUUCCAGCUGGUUAACAUUUUCGACAAGGAGGAGAAGUUCACCCGACUGCGUCUGGUUCACAACGUGGUGUUCAUCUUGACUCGCUUCGCCACCAUGGUGUUGGCCUUCCUGACGCUGUUCUACGGAAUCGACAACGUGUCGCAAAUCAAACGCAGCUUCAUGCUGUCCACCGUUUUUGGCCUGCAGGGAUACCUGAUUUUCGACUUCAUCUCCAACGUGCUGCGAUCGAAGCGUGAAAGCUCAAACGAACAGCAAUCGGAGCGCCUGCACAAGCCAGCCGCCCCAGUCAAGAGCGAAAAGUCCAAGAAGGAACGCAAGAAGGAAAGCGAUCUGCCCGAAGCCGAUCAGAAUGCCGCCCAAGCCUCGCCAGUGCCAACCACUGGAAAGGCCUCCAAGAAGGUUAAAGCUAAAUAAGUGAGUCCUUAUUCAUCGUUCAUUUUCAAUUUGUUUUUCGUUCUCUACAAAUUACACAGUAAAAAGUUAACUUUCCGGGAAACUGCAAAACGCAAACAAGCCACUAUGCAUGGUAGAUUUUUUUUAGAAUUUUUUAAAUUGGUUAUGUGCUCAAAUCGAUUCUUUCAAAAGUUCAAUUUUUUACUCAUAACAGUAUAGCGCAUCGUCCGGCGCUGUCUGCUUUGUCACGCGGGUACCAGUUGAGUUAGUUUUUUAAGAAUAUGUUUCUGUGGAAAAGACUUACAUUAUUCAUUGUCCUUAUCAGUAUGAUCCGAACGGAAGGCGACGUGAGUAGUUUUUAUAUGCAUUUACAGCAACUUUGAUGGAAAGCAUACAGAGGGUUGUGCGGAGAAUCGUACCAGAACAGCAAUAGAGGAAGUAGAAAUAGAGUACGCAAAGUGUCGGAACUGAGCAAGAAAAACAUCCGUUAGCGAAUUGGUGAGAAACACGCGAGGUUAAAAUAUUAUUAUUACUUUUUAGACAGAGUCUUUAUGAUAGGUUUAUUUUUUUUCCUUUACGAUUUACACACAAAUUGGGUUCGAAAAAUAGAUUCGGAGUAUACACUUUAUUUUUUGUAUGUUCUAAUGCAAUAAUUGAAUAAAAAGCUGACACAAAUUCUAUUC